UUGUCGUUCUGUCUUUGUUAUUGUUGUUAUUAGCUGCUAAUUUGAAGUGGAGAGAUCCUGCUCCUGUCUCUUCCGCAGUAAAACUCGCCCAGGCCAAGCACGCACACCUCAAGACGGCCGAUAUGUGAAUAAACUACAAGUUCCAGCGUCCUUUGUGCGCCAGCCUGGAAGGUAACACUACACAGAGCAGUAACAUAUUGCUCUGGAUGAGGAGGACCUGCUGCUGCUGGCCAGCUACAGAACCCGUGACUCGCCACAAGGGCAAGAGCCCAUUGCGUUGGUCUCUUUGAUGAUGAAAAACCAGCUGGCUGAGAGGAUCCUCAAUCUCAUCUUGGAGAUCGUCUACCUGACGUCUGGAGAGGAAUACAUAGUGGUAAAGAGGCCCAGAGAGCAUGUGACCCCCAGCAGCAGCCCACAUGUGUCAGGAGGAGGGAGCGGGUCCCAGAGCCCCAACAUGGAGCCUCCACCUCUCUCACCGAUACAUAAGAGAGACAGUGACCAGAGGAUUCUAGAACUCACCACCAAGAUCAUUCACCUGCUGACGGGAGAGGACUGGCUGUGUUCAGUGGAUGAUCUUCAGUCGGACAAAGACCUUCUGCUCUGCUCACCCGAAAAAUGUCUAGAAAAUCCUCCUGACAUAUUUUUCAGCACCUGUCCUACACCAGAUGUUGGAAAUAACCAGGAGAGCAAAGUCUGCACUGCUGGCAAGCUGAUAAUAAAGAAGAGGCGGAAUGGUACUGCAGAAUUGGUCUCAUGUGAGGAAGGGAAUCUCGCAGACCGGGACGCUUAUACACCCACAGGCCGUAUGCAGCCUGCAUCUCCUGACAUCACAGAGGCAGGAGUGAUGUGUGAGGAAGGAAAGAUCACAGACAGGAACGCUUAUGCACUCACAGCUCGUAUACAGUCCGCAUCUCCUGACAUCACAGAGGCAGGAGUGUUGUGUGAGGGAGGAAAGAUCACAGACACUGACAUGAAUACACCCUCAGGUUAUACACGGACUCGAUACAUCUGUACGGACUGUGGUGAACCAUUUACUCCCACGUCGAACACCGUCCAAGAUGCAGACAGUAGGUGUACAACGUGUCACAGAAAGGCAUGUGCUUUAAGGCCUGACAAAAGUCGCAAGGUGCACAAAACAAUCUUGUGUCCUAAAUGUGGGAAACAUUUUAAGAGCAGGGCCAAACUAGUUGCGCACAUGGGGAUUCACUCUGGAGAGAAUCCACUCUUUUGUUCAGAUUGUGGUAAAUUCUUUUCCAGCAAUUCUAAGCUGGCCACGCAUCGGCGGAUUCACACAGGAGAGAAGCCCUUCGUGUGCCCGCAGUGCGGCAAAUCCUUCUCACAGAACUCCAAUCUCAGCACUCAUAUAAGGACCCACACGGGCGAGAAGCCGUUCACAUGUCCUGACUGUGGGAGGUGCUUUGCCCGGAGGCUGCUACUGCUUGCACAUCGAAGAACCCACACUGGAGAGAAACCAUUCUUUUGCCGUGAAUGUGGUAAAUACUUUUCCAGCCGGUCGUAUCUAGUGACACACCAGAGGAUUCACACUGGGAAGAGGACGUUUUCUUGCUCAGAGUGUGGGAAAAGUUUUGUGCUAAAAAGUUAUCUCAGCAGCCAUUUGAAAACCCACACAUGACAAAAAGAUUGCUUUACAAUAAUAAGUCUUCCUGGGAUCUUUUGUAGUUUCUGUAAUCUGAUAUAAUGUUUUGUGUAUGUUGUUAAUGGCAGCCAUCUUGUUUGAACCAUCUGUAUGUUCUCAGUAAACCUCAAUUCCCCUGCUCUAA